CUUUUUUUUCUCCUUUUCUUAUUUCAAAUGGCUCGUGGUGCACAAAAGGAACAAGCCAGACAAAAAGCACAAAAGGAAGCUGCCAAGCGUAAGAGUAAUGGUUCUCAAUUAAAUGCUCGUGCUGCUGGUCUUCAGAUCAAAUGUGCCAAAUGCUUCAUUGCACUUGCCAACUAUAACCUUUUGAAACAACAUAUGGAAGCUAAGCAUCCCAAGGAUCCUGUUCCUCCAGAGAGCGAUUUUGUUAAAUAAUAUAUAGGCUUUCCAUAUACAAAAUUAUUACAAUAAAAAAACAUUAAUCCCUGA